AUGCCUAAGCACCGGAAGGGCAGCCGCGGGGUCGAGGCGCGAGACAUCGGCAACUUUCAGUACGAGUGGCAAAGCGAGGCGAAGAGCACUGCCCCGCGUCGCACCGCACCCCGGCGUAAUGUUGACCCCACCGUGCUGAAGCGUGCGUACAUGCUGCACAACUUUCAGUUUGUGCUUCGACCCGACUUUUAUGAGGUGAGGCCAACUCCGGGGCUCCCGCAUGGAAACCGGCGGCUGGGCGACAUGCUUCGCUCAAGCGACGCGCCGCCGCCGUGGGACGCCGUCACCGCGGUCGUGGUGCGCUGCAAGAUUGAUCAAUUUCAGUGUCCAAUCUGCCUCGAAACUCCAACGGCCGCGCGGGUUGCCGACUGCGGCCACGUCGUCUGCCUGCCGUGCAUGUCGCAGUACCUGUCGAGGCUGAAGCAGGAAAAUAAGCAGCGCACCUGCCCGGUAUGCCACAACGUUGUGACGCUGGGUAUGCUGCGGCCGUGCAUCCUCCGACUCAUUGAGCCCCCAUCUGCCGGUAAGCGUGUCAGUUUUACGUUGCUCCGGCGACGCGGGGAACACUGCGUGCUGCUGCGGCACGACGACCCCCGCUGGGCUGCCACUGCGCCACCGGAAGAGGAGCCGCCGCUUCCUUUCCUGCACGAGCCGUCGGCAACGUUCAGCAGAUACAUUCUCGCCACGGCGGAGAGCGAAAGUACGCGGCGCCGCCUCGACUGCACAGCUAUCAUGGAUCAGCUGAAUCAACUCAAUGCAGAGCCCAGACCUUUGUCGCAGUUUGACGACGCGGUACUGCACUUCUCUGAGGAGGCGCUUGAGAUGGUGCUGCAGGAGGCUGACUUCCAGUCUCCGCAAACGAGCACGCGCAACUCGCCUCCACUCGCCCCGAGGCGCCCAAACCUGGAUGGCGAAAAGAUAUACUAUUUGUACGGUGAGUCGGAGGGUCAGCCGUACUACAUGCACCCCGUGUCCUUCAAAAUGCUGCGCGAUGAUGCCAUCGCGCGUGGGACGCCGCUUCCUGGCACCGUGGAGGCCCCUGUGGAAGAAAUUGUGUCCUUUACGCAGGAUGAGGCGACCAGGAAGCAUUACAAGGCCUCGGCGCAUGUCCCGCUGCACGGGACGAUCAAGUUUUGCCUGCUCGACCUUGCGGAUGUGGUGCUGCCGUCAACGCUACGGGCCUUUGAGACGACGCUGGCGCGGAUGCGAGAGGCGCGGCGGCGGCGUGAGGCAGGCGGCGACAGCGGCGGCGAAGACACUUCGUGGCAGGCCUACUUGCGCCGCUACCGUGCCGUCAGCACUCCGCCCACCUCCGAGUCCGGCUUCUCGCCGGAGCCCACCUUUUCCGACUACUCCGGCGGCUCCGACUUGAUUCCGUCGUCCGGCAUCACGGCGUGGAGCGAGCCUGGCGGGCUCAGCGGCGACUCCUCACUCGAGACGCGGCAGCGGGCGACAAAACGGCAAGAAGCGCCGAUUGCGAGCUGCUGGACGGUGGAGAACUCGCGGCGGCUCUUCGCAACACCACCGCUGCGGCCGGCCAAGCCAACCUGGGGCGGCCACGUCCUCAACCUGCACCAGCCGUCCUCCGCUGGCUCGCGUCCGUCUCAGUAG